CGUCAUUGUGACGACACGAAACAGGCUGGGGUUGAUGCAGUAUUAACCUGCGAGUUAAGCAAGAGACCUAAUCAUCAGGGACAGGCGAGAACAAAUACGACAGAAAUAAACAAGCAUGCAUAGGCUUCUGAGUUGCUUCAUGGUUUCUUUACGUAGUCUGAAAAAUUACGUUGCAGGAUAGGCUCGUAUACACUUAAACUGCCCCCCAAAGGAUUCGGAUUUAAUUUACUAAGAAAAACGACGAUUCAAGUAAAGGGCGGCCAAGAAAUUGUUUCAACUGAGCAAAGGGGAGCUACAGAAUUAUGAAUGAUAUCAAGCUUGCAGUGCUGGGAAGUGAGGGAGUUGGAAAGUCAGCCCUGAUUGUGCGAUUCUUAACAAAGCGAUUUAUUGGCGAGUAUGCGUCUUCUUCGGAGACCGUAUACAGAAAACGAGUGUCUUGUGAUGGAAGACAGAUGAAUCUUGAAAUAUACGACCCAUGUUCUCGACCGUGUGAAGGACAAUCCUCCCUUAAUGACCAAGUCCAUUGGGCAGAUGGGUUUGUGGUUGUUUAUGACAUCAGCGAUAGAUCCUCCUUUACAACUGCAAAAGCCAUUAUUCAUCUGAUAAGAGAGCUACAGCUGGGAGUGGCCAAAAGGGACACAGAUUCUGUGGUUUUCCUGGUUGGAAACAAGCAGGACCUCUGCCAUAUGAGAGAAGUUGACAGAGAGGAAGGGCAGAAGCUGGCAACAGAAAAUAAAUGCCAGUUUUAUGAAUUGUCAGCAGCAGAGUAUUUCCAGGAGGUGGCAGUUAUGUUCUCAAAGGUCAUUCGGAACACCAGUGUAAACAGCAAAGUUAAGGACAGGAGGAGGCCGAGCGGCUCAAAGUCAAUGGCCAAGCUCAUCAACAAUGUCUUUGGCAAAAGAAGAAAGUCAGUGUAGAGCUGGAUUUUGUGUAAUCUAUUAUAUCCACACUAUGGACCAGAGAAUAACCUGAUGGAUGUUUUUUUUUUUUAACUUGUUGUCAUUUUACAUUAUUUGAUGAGGCAUGUGAAUCAUCUUUGUUUCAUAUUUUAAAAAAAUAUUACUGCAUUUACGUUAACAUAACAACAAAGUCAAAUCUUAACAGGUAUAUCAUCAUCUUUGUACGGUGACUGGUGAAGUAAUGGAAACUAAUCUUUUAACUCAAAAGACACCAAAGUAUUUUCAUUAGACAAAAUAAACCUGAUGUUUAUCAAUUUGCACUUAGUGAUAUGGGAAUUUAUACUGCAGUGUUUAAAAGAUGUAUAAUAGUCUCAAACACCCUAGAGGCACACUGGCCGUGUCAGAGUCAGGAAUCAAUGAAGAAAAAAUUUCUUCAGCAAUUUACAGAAAAAAAAACAAAAUCAAAUAGUUUAGUUCUGGUCUGUUCUAGUUGGUGUUUGAUGACAGGUGACACCUUGCCUCACUCAAUGUUAUGUCAGUGUUGAAAUGACCAACAUGUAGCAGAUAUGUCUUGAACAACUAAAAGCUAAGGCACUUAAAAUAAAGAAAUAUGAGAAAAUAGGCAAUUUGCAUUGUUUCCUAAAUGAUUGUUUAAUACUGAUUGAGCUAUUUAAUACUUGUAUUGUACUGUAGUUUAUUGAAUAAAGCUUCCCCUUUUUCUUA